GACAACUUGCGUUAGCAAAAUUGAAAUUUAUAAUGAUUUAAAUUUAUUAAUAAUAAAAGAAAUGACAAUUGUUAUGGUUAAGAAGAAGAUUGAGAAAAAAAAAGUCAAAAACUUUUUAUUAAAAAAAAAAAUUUUGUUUUGAAUGUUUGAAAAUAACGUAGUCAGUCUUAUUUGUUUGUUGACUUAACAAAACGUAGUUGACAUUGCGUGUUAAUAGACAUUGUAUGGCGCCCGUUCGAUCAAGUGCGACAUUAAAAGAAAACAAUAACAAAUUUUCUAACACUUUUUUUUGGUUAUUUGUUUGUAAACCACCCUCCCCGUAAUUAAACGCGAGUGUGUGUGUGUGCGUUGUAUGUUUUCAAAUUAAAUUAAAUACAAAUUAAAACUAAUUUUUUUUGAAAAAUUGGUAUAAAAAAUUUGGCGCCUUGUAUAGAAAUUAAAAAAAAUUUUUUUGCGGUUUUUUAUUUAAUGCUGAGGCAGUCCAUUCCCUAGUGUUUGUGCUAAUGACAAUUUUAUAGUUUUUUUUUUGUUGUUGUAAAAAUUCACCCUGGCGGCUUAUAGUUUUUUUAAUGUUUGAGAACGUGUUUACUUAAGUGUCACCUGUAUUUGAUAGAUACUUUUAAAUAACCAGAAGAACUGCAAGUAAAUGUUAAGAAAACGAAUUCAUAACAACAGCAGCUGUCACAAUUCUGACAAUUAGCCAUAAGCCAUGAUCAUAUUUAACUAAAAAUAGCAAGAAAAAAAUUAAAAAAAAAUAUAAAAGAAAACCUAACAAAAUAUCAUAUUUAACUACCUGUCGUUCUAAACAAAUUGGAAUUCUUAUGGUUUGCAAAAACACAACAACAACAACUAAAUUUGCCGCGUUCUAAUCAUCAUCCUAACUAAUUGGUUACACCUACUAUUAACUCUGCUGCUGCAACUAACUACUAGUAUAAUAGCUGUUACCUAUACUAAGUUUAUGGACUUGUUAAGUAAGUUUUAUGAUUGUUUUGGUUUGCUUUUAAGGCUUAAAACAACAACAAUCUUAUCAUAAACAUUAGACCUUAAGGGUUUCACAGCCACCUUUAAUAACCGCUACAGUCCUUACUAAUGAAGUCGCGUCAAUUGUUAUGCCAACAAUCAAACAUUUUAUCAACCUUAACGUCAUAUGUUAAAAAAAAACAUACACUGUAACAAAUCCUUUAAUUACAUUAAAUCGUUAAAAUCCAUUACAAACCAAAAAGAAAAUAUAUAUAAAAAUACUACAUUUAACAAAUUUUUCUUUAAUAAAUCAUUAAAUGUGUUUUAAAAUAAAUAAUGCAACUAUUAACAAUUUGCAAUUCUUCAACACCUUUGAAAUAAAAAAAAUUUUCAUUUAAAUUGUUUUAAACAAAACUCGUUAUUAAUUGCUAUACAAAAGAAAAAACACAAAAAUAAUUGAAAUAAUUAAAAAGUAAAAAGAGUUAAAGUGUUUUAGUGAGUGUGUGUUUAAAAAAAAAAUCGUCAUGGAUUUUCAAAGUGCUAUGGAGACAUUUGCCGAAGCUUGGGUAGCCGCCAAUGCCGGACAACAGAGUCAAGCUUUAGCUUUAACACGUGUAGCCAAUGCAGCAGCUGCGGCUGCCGCAGCAAAUGCCAAAUCACCGACAGCCGAUAAUAAUAUGCACCCAGAUGUGGUGGUUAAAAGAGAACAUUCUCUAACACCACCACCGCCAUCAGCACUACCCUCACUACCACCGCCUUCCACGCCUAGCAAUAAUGCCACCUCAUCCACCUUACGCCAUUCACCCACUAGUAGCAAUACAAAUGCACAAAAUUCAACAAAUACCAAUACAAAUACAAUGGAUGAAAGCCACCAAAGUAAUACGUCAUUGCAGCACAGUCGUAGACCCUCAUUACAGGGUGUACAAGAUAAAUUGGCACAAUUGCAACAAUUACAGCAACAGCAUCAACAACAUCAUCAUCAACAGCAGCAGCAGCAUCAGCAAACAAAUGAUGAACAACUACAACGUAGUCCACGAUUUUCAUCAAGUAAUUUAUCAGCAAAUCUGAAUACCACACCAUCGCCCCGACAUGAUUUGGUACAUACGCCCAACCACAAUUUAACAGCCAAUGCCAAUCCAACAACGUCUAGUCAGAAUAGCUCAACACCAAAGUUAACAACUGAUAGAGAUGACCACCAUCAUUCACUUCCUCAUCAGUUGCAACAACAGCAACAACAACAUCAACAGCAGCAGCAAAGGUCUACCGAAACUCAUGCACCACGAGUAAUGGGUAGUAUAACUUGUUUACCACCAUCGGCUUUAAAUGCUGUAGCAGCAGCUGCUGCAGCUCAACAGCAACAACAACAACAGCAGCAGCAGCAACAACAACUUCAGCCCACAGAUAAAUUACUUGCCUCACCAGCUGCUUCGGCUAUGGAGCAACGUAAAGAUUUUGAUGUUACAAAAGUUAAUUCAAAAUCAUUACCAUUACAUUGUGUAGUGGAGUCGGUACACUCCCUGCAAGCCUCUCUAACCAUAGAUCAACGUAGUCCCUGGAAACGAAGACCAAAUGUUGAAACGGAUAGUUAUGUUAUAAUAGCAGCAGCUACACCCUGGUCCGAAAUAGUACAAACAGCUUUACAAAGAUUGGGUUAUUCUCAAGAGACAUCGUCGACAGCAAGAGGUUCUUUAAUCAUCAAAAAUUGGAAACCCAUACCUUUAGAAAAUAUAUCCGAUAAUCCUGUUGUUCCUGUAUGUGAUAUAAUUGGAGAACUAACAUCUGUUGUUACAUUACGUAUCGUUAUACUACGAUGUAAACCCUCACCGUUUGGUGAAAUAAAAGAUAAACUUUUAAAAUUACUCGUACUGCAAUCACAUGCGGUACUAAGAUCCACCGGUUGCCCUUUAGAUGAGGUAACUCUUUCACAAAUCUGUCGUAGUUCAUAUCAAAAUCCCUUUGCUUUUCCUGGCGGUGAUAUACCCGAGGAAUUACGUCGCAAAUUCGAUCAAUGGUGGUCCAAUCAACUAACGCCCCAAUCCAAUAUGGGACCCAAACUAUUGCCCUUUAUGAAUGCUCCUCCCACGGGUGUAAGCAAUGACAUGGAACAUAAUAUGGGUACAGCAGCUUUGGCAGCAGCUGCAGCUGCUGCUGCCGCAGCACAAGCUGGUCUACAUGCUGCCACCUCGGUAAGCUCAAAUGUUGCCAGUAGUAUUAGUGCCAGUCGUGAAUCGUUGCUGUUAAAUGACUCCAGCAGUCAUCAUGCUGGAGCAGUUUUGCCAGGAGCAGCCAGUACACAUCAUCCCAAUAUGAUGGUACAUCCAGCCAUGCAUGCUAGCAUGCAUCAUCAUGCUAAUUUGGCAGCACAUUCACAGUUUUCCAAUCAAAAGACACGCAUGCGCACAAGUUUUGAUCCAGAAAUGGAAUUGCCACGUUUACAGAAAUGGUUUCAGGAAAAUCCUCAUCCCUCUAGACAACAAAUACAGGCCUAUGUGGUACAGUUAAAUGCUCUGGAAUCGAGACGUGGUAGAAAACCCUUAGAUGUUAAUAAUGUGGUAUAUUGGUUUAAAAAUGCACGGGCAGCGCAAAAAAGAGCCGAGAUGAGAGGAGGUUUUGGUGCCAUGCAUGUGGCCAUGAAUGGUUAUUUGGGUCAGCACAGUCAAUUGGGACAGACUUCGGGUGGCAGCAGUACCGGCAGCAUGAGUAGCCAACAGCAAAUGAUGGGUUCUAGUAUGGGUAAUCUUUCCCUAUCCAAUGAUUUCAUGAAAAGUCCCUUAAGCCUAAAAUCCGAAGAUAUUGAUAAUAUGUCACAACAUUCAGAUGAUAUGGAUGAAGACACCUCUAGACCCAAUUCGCCACAAUUACCUUUAUCUUUAACCAUACACGAAAGACAUCAAACUACACCCGAUAUGGAGGCAAAAGACAACAAUAAUGAAUUACUAAAUAAAAGCUCUCUAAUAGAUGACAAUAGUUCAGAUGAAAAAUCGGGUAUUUUAAAUGAGUCCCAAAAUGAACGUAAUCUAUCGCGUAGUUUUGAGGAUAGAGAUAAAUUUACCAACGAUAAAAAUAAAAGCAAUGAUGACUUGGAUAACACCGAAAAUGCCACAAACGAGGAGACCGCCCAGCAAUCGCAGCAAGAAAAUGAAACCAAUAAUAAUUCUUCCAAUUCCCUAAAUAACAAUCAGUCGGCCAAUGAUUUAACACAAACCCAAUCGCGUCCUUCGUCACCCAAAAAUCCCUCUUCCAAAGAAGACGAUGAAGAUCUCGAUAUGGAUGACGAUGAUGAUGAGAAUGAUACCAGUCAUUUGGAGGAUUUUCGUUCACCCUCACCGGACAUGAAUAAUGCCAUGGUCGCGGCCCAGCGCAAAGAUUUACCCUUUCCCAUGGUGCCAAAUAGUAUGUUCCAGCAAUCUUUCAUGUAUAUGAGUCAUUAUAUGCCAGGUUUUGGUCAGGCCGCCGCCGCUGCAGCUCAUCCUCAUGCUGCUGCGGCUGCUCAUCAUGCUGCUGCAGCUGCUGCUGCCGCUGGUAUGCAACCGAAUCCCUUGAUGGGUGGUGGCGGUUUAAAUUUAUCCAGUAUUUCCAAUGAGGAGAGACGUAAAAGAAAUCGUACAUUCAUCGAUCCCGUUACAGAGGUGCAGUUAGAGCAAUGGUUUGCCAUGAAUACACAUCCAUCGCAUAGUUUGAUUCUGAAGUAUACCGAAGAUUUGAAUACGAUGCCCUAUAGACAAAAGUUUCCCCGUUUGGAAAGUAAAAACGUACAAUUCUGGUUUAAGAAUCGUCGGGCCAAAUGUAAACGCCUUAAAAUGUCACUCUACGAUACCAAUCAAUGUUCCCAACUAACAGGACUCAAUUCUUUUGUACAUAAAUACGAUGAACGUGAUUAAAUUCUCAGACACAGACACACACACACUUCAAAAGGCAAUAAUGUUUAUAAAAUUCAUAUAUUUAGUUCAUUUUAACAAAAUCAUAUCAACAAAAAAAAUUAUAAUUUUUACUAUAUAAAAUAAAAUUUUUAUUCUUUUUGUCUUUUUUUUAUAUUAACACAAAAAAGAAAAAGCAACUACAACAAAAAAACUCCAGCCAAUUUUGUAGUAUUUAGUAUUAAAUUAAUUGUAAUACUGUAAUUACAACUUGUUAAAUACCACAUAAAACAAGUUUUAAUUUUUAAACAAAAAAAAAAAAAAAACAUACAUAUGACAAAUAAUUAUUACAAAAAAAAAAAAUUGUUUAUAAAAACUAAC